AUGUUUUCUAUUUUUCUUUCUUUUUCUUUCUUUCUUUCUUAUAGUUUAACGUUCUCCGUUUUUUUUUUCAUUACUGUUUUCUUCCAUCUUUUCUUUCUUUCUUUCUUACUUUUUCUUUCUUUCUUUCUUUCGUCUUUCUUUCUUUUUCUGUCUUUCUUUCUUUUUGAUUUUCUUUCUUUUUUCUUUCUUUUUCUGUCUUUCUUUCUUAUAGAUUUCAUACUGUUUGUCGCUUCCAUCUUUCUUUCUUUCUUUUUUCUUUCUUUCUUUUUUCUUUCUUUCUUUUCGUCUUUCUUUCUUUUUUUUCUUUCUUUCUUUCUUUCUUUCUUUCUUUCUUUCUUUCUUAAUGAAUUUUUUUCAUAUUGUUUGACACUUCCAUUUUUCUUUCCUUUUAUUUCUUUCUUUCUUUCUUUCUUUCUUUCAAGCUCUCCGUUAUACUAUCUUCAGCCUGCGGCGCACCCUCGAAUAACGCUGGGUAUACCAGCAACUAACAGUCCUCUGCUUCGUCGACUUUGCGUCUGCUUUCGACUUGAUAGAGGCUCACUCUGGCGUAUCAUAGAGGCCGAUGGCAUGCCCGCUAAACUCCUUCGUCUCAUCAAGGGCUACUACCGGUCUACGCGAGUCCGUGUUCGUGCUUAUAGUGGGGAGUCGGAGACGUUUGAGGUGAAGACUGGUGUGCGGCAAGGGUGUGCCCUAUCCCCUACCCUCUUUAACUAUACAAUCGACUACAUCCUCGGCAAGGCCCUUCGGAACUACGUUGCGGUUGUUCAUCUCUCUACAUCUGUUCAUAAUAUUUAUUUCUAUAUACUUCGUCUAAUUCCUAUCUAUCUAUCUAUCUAUCUAUCUAUCUAUCUAUCCCAAUUUCUCACUGUUCAUUAUCUAUCUAUCUAUCUAUUUAUCUAUCUAUCUAUUUAUGUCUGUCCAUAUCUGUAUAUCAAUCUAGAUUUCUCACUGUUCAUAUCUAUCUAUCUAUCUAUCUAUCUAUCUAUCUAUCUAUCUAUCUAUCUAUCUAUCUAUUUAUGCCUGUUCAUAUCUAUAUAUCAAUCUAUAUUUCUCACUCUGUUCAUAUCUAUCUAUCUAUCUAUCUAUCUAUCUAUCUAUCUAUCUAUGCCUAACCCGUAUAUCCCCCCUCCCACUCAUCCCACCUGCGCCUCCCACGCCACCCCUGCGCUUCGCUUUUUGCUGCGUCUGUGCGAUACACCUUGGCCGCUUAUCAGCGUCGCAACACACAGAAGAUCGGAUCGGUCACGUGUCAACUCAUCGGCUACGCAAUCGUCCAGGCUUUAUUUCUAUCUAUCUAUCUACUUAUCUAUUCCUGUUCAUAUCUAUAUAUCAAUCUAUAUUUCUCUAUUCACAUCUAUCUAUCUAUUCCUGUUCAUAUCUAUAUAUCAAUCUAUAUUUCUCUAUUCACAUCUAUCUAUCUAUUCCUUUCAUAUCUAUCUAUCUAUCUAUCUAUCUAUCUAUUCCUGUUCAUAUCUAUAUGUCAAUCUAUAUAUCUCUUUUCAUAUCUAUCUAUCUAUCUAUCUAUCUAUCUAUCUAUCUAUCUAUCUAUCUAUCUAUCUGUUUAUCUAUGUUCAAAUCUAUAUAUCUGUUCAUAUUUAUCUAUCUAUCUAUCUAUCUAUCUAUCUAUCUAUCUAUCUAUCUAUUCCUGUUCAUAUCUAUAUAUCAAUCUAUAUUUCUCUGUUCACAUCUAUCUAUCUAUUUAUCUAUCUAUUCCUGUUCAUAUGUAUAUAUCAACCUAUAUUUCUCUGUUCAUAUCUAUCUAUCUAUCUAUCUAUCUAUCUAUCUAUCUAUCUAUCUAUUCCUGUUCAUAUCUAUAUAGCAAUCUAUCUAUCUAUCUAUUCCUGUUCAUAUCUAUAUAUCAAUCUAUAUUUCUGUGUUCAUAUCUAUCUAUUUAUGCAUGUUCAUAUCUAUAUAUCAAUCUAUAUUUCUCUGUUCAUAUCUAUCUAUCUAUGCCUGUUCACAUCUAUAUAUCAACAUAUAUUUCUCUGUUCAUAUCUAUCUAUCUAUCUAUCUAUCUAUCUAUCUAUCUAUCUAUCUAUCUAUCUAUCUAUCUCUAUCUAUCUUGUCCUGUUCAUAUCUAUCUAUCUAUCUAUCUAUCUAUCUAUAUUUCCUGUUCAUAUCUAUAUAUCAAUCUAUAUUUCUCUGUUCACUAGUAUCUAUCUAUCUAUCUAUCUAUCUAUCUAUGCCUGUUCAUAUCUAUAUAUCUAUCUAUAUUUCUCUGUUCAUAUCUAUCUAUCAUUCUAUCUAUGCCUGUUCAUAUCUAUAUAUCAAUCUAUAUUUCUCUGUUCAUAUCUAUCUAUCUAUCUAUGCCUGUUCAUAUCUAUAUAUCAACCUAUAUUUCUCUGUUCAUAUCUAUCUAUCUAUCUAUCUAUCUAUCUAUCUAUCUAUCUAUCUAUCUAUUCCUGUUCAUAUCUAUCUAUCUAUCUAACUAUCUAUCUAUGCCUGUUCCUAUCUAUAUAUCAAUCUAGAUUUAUCUGCCCAUAUCUAUCUAUCUAUCUAUGUUCAUAUUUAUAUAUCAAGCUAUAUUUCUCUGUUCAUAUCUAUCUAUCUAUCUAUCUACUCCUGUUCAUAUCUAUAUAUCAAUCUAUAUUUCUCUGUUCAUAUCUAUCUAUCUAUCUAUUCUAUCUAUCUAUCUAUCUAUGCCUGUUCAUAUCUAUAUAUCAAUUUAUAGUUCUCUGUUCAUAUCUAUCUAACUAUCUAUAUAUCUAUCUAUGCCUGUUCAUAUCUAUAUAUCAAUCUAUAUUUCUCUGUUCAUAUCUAUCUAUCUAUCUAUUCCUGUUCCUAUCUGUAUAUCAAGCUAUAUUUCUCUGUUCAUAUCUAUCUAUCUAUCUAUCUAUCUAUCUAUCUAUCUAUCUAUCUAUUCCUGUUCAUAUCUAUAUAUCAAUCUAUAUUUCUCUGUUCACAUCUAUCUAUCUAUUUAUCUAUCUAUUCCUGUUCAUAUGUAUAUAUCAAUCUAUAUUUCUCUGUUCAUAUCUAUCUAUCUAUCUAUCUAUUCCUGUUCAUAUCUAUAUAGCAAUCCAUCUAUCUAUCUAUUCCUGUUCAUAUCUAUAUAUCAAUCUAUAUUUCUGUGUUCAUAUCUAUCUAUUUAUGCAUGUUCAUAUCUAUAUAUCAAUCUAUAUUUCUCUGUUCAUAUCUAUCUAUCUAUCUAUCUAUCUAUCUAUCUAUCUAUCUAUCUAUCUAUCUAUCUAUUCCUGUUCAUAUCUAUCUAUCUAUAUUUCCUUAUCUAUCUAUCUAUCUAUCUAUCUAUCUAUCUAUCUAUCUAUCUAUAUCUAUCUAUCUAUCUAUCUAUGCCUGUUCAUAUCUAUAUAUCAAUCUAUAUUUCUCUGUUCAUAUCUAUCUAUCUAUCUAUCUAUCUAUCUAUCUAUCUAUCUAUCUAUCUAUUCCUGUUCAUAUCUAUAUAUCAAUCUAUAUUUUCUCUGUUUCAUCUAUCUAUUUAUCUAUCUAUCAUAUGUAUAUAUCUAUUUCCUGUUCAUAUCUAUAUCUAUCUAUUCUGUUCAUAUCUAUAUAGCAUCUAUCUAUAUCCUGUUCAUAUCUAUAUAUCAAUCUAUAUUUCUGUGUUCAUAUCUAUCUAUUUAUGCAUGUUCAUAUCUAUAUAUCAAUCUAUAUUUCUCUGUUCAUAUCUAUCUAUCUAUGCCUGUUCACAUCUAUAUAUCAACAUAUAUUUCUCUGUUCAUAUCUAUCUAUCUAUCUAUCUAUCUAUCUAUCUAUCUAUCUAUCUAUCUAUCUAUCUUGUCCUGUUCAUAUCUAUCUAUCUAUCUAUCUAUCUAUCUAUAUUUCCUGUUCAUAUCUAUAUAUCAAUCUAUAUUUCUUUGUUCACUAGUAUCUAUCUAUCUAUCUAUCUAUGCCUGUUCAUAUCUAUAUAUCAAUCUAUAUUUCUCUGUUCAUAUCUAUCUAUCAUUCUAUCUAUGCCUGUUCAUAUCUAUAUAUCAAUCUAUAUUUCUCUGUUCAUAUCUAUCUAUCUAUCUAUGCCUGUUAAUAUCUAUAUAUCAACCUAUAUUUCUCUGUUCAUAUCUAUCUAUCUAUCUAUCUAUCUAUCUAUCUAUCUAUCUAUCUAUCUAUCUAUUCCUGUUCAUAUCUAUCUAUCUAUCUAACUAUCUAUCUAUCUAUGCCUGUUCCUAUCUAUAUAUCAAUCUAGAUUUAUCUGCCCAUAUCUAUCUAUCUAUCUAUCUAUCUAUCUAUGUUCAUAUUUAUAUAUCAAGCUAUAUUUCUCUGUUCAUAUCUAUCUAUCUAUCUAUCUAUUCCUGUUCAUAUCUAUAUAUUAAUCUAUAUUUCUCUGUUCAUAUCUAUCUAUCUAUCUAUCUAUUCUAUCUAUCUAUCUAUCUAUGCCUGUUUAUAUCUAUAUAUCAAUUUAUAGUUCUCUGUUCAUAUCUAUCUAACUAUCUAUAUAUCUAUCUAUGCCUGUUCAUAUCUAUAUAUCAAUCUAUAUUUCUCUGUUCAUAUCUAUCUAUCUAUCUAUGCCUGUUCAUAUCUAUAUAUCAACCUAUAUGUCUCUGUUCAUAUCUAUCUAUCUAUCUAUCUAUCUAUCUAUCUAUCUAUCUAUCUAUCUAUCUAUCUAUCUAUUCCUGUUCCUAUCUAUCUAUCUAUCUAUCUAUCUAUCUAUCUAUCUAUCAUCUAUUCUGUGUUUAUCUGUAUAUCUAUCUAUCUAUCUAUCUAUUAUCUAUCUAUCUAUCUAUCUAUCUAUCUAUCUAUCUAUCUAUUCCUGUUCAUAUCUAUAUAUCAAUCUAUAUUUCUCUGUUCACAUCUAUCUAUCUAUUUAUCUAUCUAUUCCUCAAUCUAUCUAUCUAUCUAUCUAUUCCUGUUCAUAUCUAUAUGUCAAUCUAUAUUUCUGUGUUCUUAUCUAUCUAUCUCUGCCUGUUCAUAUCUAUAUAUCAAUCUAUAUUUCUCUGUUCAUAUCUAUCUAUCUAUCUAUCUAUCUAUCUAUCUAUCUAUCUAUCUAUCUAUCUAUUCCUGUUCAUAUCUAUCUAUCUAUAUUUCCUGUUCAUAUCUAUAUAUCAAUCUAUAUCUCUCUGUUCACUAGUAUCUAUCUAUCUAUCUAUCUAUCUAUCUAUCUAUCUAUCUAUGCCUGUUCAUAUCUAUAUAUCAAUCUAUAUUUCUCUGUUCAUAUCUAUCUAUAUAUCUAUUUAUCUAUCAAUCUAUUCCUGUUCAUAUCUAUAUAUCAAUCUAUAUUUCUCUGUUCAUAUCUAUCUAUCUAUGCCUGUUCAUAUCUAUAUAUCAACCUAUAUUUCUCUGUUCAUAUCUAUCUAUCUAUCUAUCUAUCUAUCUAUCUAUCUAUCUAUCUAUCUAUCUAUUCCUGUUCAUAUCUAUCUAUCUAUCUAUCUAUGCCUGAUCCUAUCUAUAUAUCAAUCUAGAUUUAUCUGCCCAUAUCUAUCUAUCUAUCUAUGUUCAUAUUUAUAUAUCAAGCUAUAUUUCUCUGUUCAUAUCUAUCUAUCUAUCUAUCUAUCUAUCUAUCUAUCUAUCUAUCUAUCUAUGCCUGUUCAUAUCUAUAUAUCAAUCUAUAUUUCUCUGUUCAUAUCUAUCUAUCUAUCCCUGUUCAUAUCUAUCUAUCUAUCUAUCUAUCUAUCUAUCUAUCUAUCUAUCUAUCUAUCUAUCUAUAUUCUAUUCCUGUUCAUAUCUGUAUAUCAAGCUGUAUUUCUCUGUUCAUAUCUAUCUAUCUAUCUAUCUAUCUAUCUAUCUAUCUAUCUAUCUAUCUAUCUAUCUAUCUAUCUAUCAAUUCCUGUUCAUAUCUAUAUAUCAAUCUAUAUUUCUCUGCUCACAUCUAUCUAUCUAUCUAUUCCUGUUCAUAUGUAUAUAUCAAUCUAUAUUUCUCUGUUCAUAUCUAUCUAUCUAUCUAUCUAUCUAUCUAUCUAUCUAUCUAUCUAUCUAUCUAUUUAUCUGUCAAUCUUUUCCUGUUCAUGUCUAUAUAUCAAUGUAUAUUUCUCUGUUCAUAUCUAUCUAUCUAUCUAUGCCUGUUCAUAUAUAUCUAUCUACCUAUCUAUCUAUGCCUGUUCCUAUCUAUAUAUCAAUCUAGAUUUCUCUGUUCAUAUCUAUCUAUCUAUCUAUCUAUCUAUCUAUCUAUCUAUCUAUCUAUUCCUGUUCACAUCUAUAUAUCAACCUAUAUUUCUCUGUUCAUAUCUAUCUAUCUAUCUAUCUAUCUAUUCCUGUUCACAUCUAUAUAUCAACGUAUAUUUCUCUGUUCAUAUCUAUCUAUCUAUCUAUCUAUCUAUCUAUCUAUCUAUUCCUGUUCAUAUCUAUAUAUCAAUGUAUAUUUCUCUGUUCAUAUCUAUCUAUCUAUCUAUGCUUGUUCAUAUCUAUAUAUCAAUCUAUAUUUCUCUGUUCAUAUCUAUCUAUCUAUGUAUCUAUCUAUGUAUCUAUCUGUCUAUGCCUGUUCAUAUCUAUAUAUCAACCUAUAUUUCUCUGUUCAUAUCUAUCUAUCUCUCUAUCUAUCUAUCUUUCUAUCUAUCUAUUCCUGUUCAUAUCUAUCUAUCUAUCUAUAUUUCUCUGUUCACAUCUAUCUAUUUAUCUAUGCCUGUUCAUAUCUAUAUAUCAAUCUAUAUUUUUCUGUUCAUAUCUAUCUAUCUAUCUAUCUAUCUAUCUAUCUAUCUAUCUAUCUAUCUAUUCCUGUUCAUAUCUAUCUAUCUAUCUAUCUAUCUAUCUAUCUAUCUAUCUGUCUGUGUAUGCCUGUUUCUAUCUAUAUAUCAAUCUAGAUUUCUCUGUUCAUCUCUAUCUAUCUAUCUAUGCCUGUUCAUAUCUAUACAUCAAUCUAUAUUUCUCUGUUCCUAUCUAUCUAUCUAUCUAUCUAUCUAUCUAUCUAUUCCUGUUCAUAUCUAUAUAUCAAUCUAG